AUGAGAAGCAGCCACCUCUGCUAUCCUUCACCAGAGGAAGGAAUCCCUGAAGUCAGAGAGGAGCUUGGAUACCGCCCAUGGGGCCUUGUCACUUAUAGAACUGCGUACGGGGGCCACUCAGAUCGCGAGUUCUUCAAAUUGCGCGAACUCAUCCAUAACAUGGUGCUCAAGUUCCAAGAAUCCGACGACAAACGGUUUCCUAUGGGUCAGACCCAUUGGCCAGUUGUCGAGGACAAGAAAUUGCUCAGCAAUGUUACAACACAAGUUGUCCGAGAGCAAUUCUCAAAGUGGGCAUCUGAUCGAGGCGUGCCCCCUUCCGAAGAUGGCUGGAAGUAUCAGGUUGCGCGCUUUCACUAUUGCUUGGUUGCCGACAGAAGGUCUCUCAAGUCGGCCGAGACGACAUUUCCAAUCAUCGGGGUCUUGUACAAGGAUUGGCUUCCAGCCUGGCACCCAGACAGGAUCGGGCAUGAGGGCAAAUAUGUGCCAGACGAUUGGACCCCGAUUGAGGGAAACACGGAAGGCGAUGUUGGGUGGUUCUAUUGCCGGAUCGUAUCUCUAGGCUGGUACUACGAUGAGAUGUGUGUUAGAGGACUAUGGGGGAAAACACCUCGGCUACCAUGCGUUUCCCUCUAUCUCGGCCCUGACGGCUUCAUGGUCUCGGUAGAUCUUGUUUGUAUUGGUGUGGUGGUCCACCAUGAAAGUCGCAAGCCAAGGUGCGGCUUGUCGACUCUCAGCAACGCCAACAGCACUCAUAACUACUAUCCGAGCCUUUCCUGUACUAUGCUGAAGACUCGAUUGGAGGAGUGCACGCGAUACGUUGGCUACAGCAUCUGCCAUGAGCCAUGGUGGGCCAACGAACCUGGGUCAUAG